CAAACCAUGAUUUUAUCCGAAAUCCAGUAUUCAUGAACAAAUUAGAAGGAUCUGAAGAAUUUUCGGAGGAGUCAUUUACAGAAAACUUUGACGUUGUAUUUGUUGACAAUUCCGGAAAAUUGAAUUUGUUAAGCGGGAUGACAAAAACUGCUCUUGAACAAAUACAACAUGAAGCUAGGAUUGCAAUGGAAUAUUUUAAUGAAAACGAAGCGGAUAGAUUUGAAGCAUUAUUUUUGCAAAAAGUGAAUGAUACUAAACUAAGAUAUGAUAAUGUUGCAAAAAUAACGCAAAUACCAACCUCUUAUUGUAAUUAUACAGAUUCGGUGAAGUUAGACUACCAUGAUCCAUUUGUACAUUUCGCAAGAACAAUUCUUGUACAACUUAAACAAGGUCUCACUAAUCGUGUCAGCCUAAUAACGAUAAAUUAUGCUCAACUUCCAACAUGGUCAAUCUCAUCAGUACCUCCUUCAUAUUCAUCCUCAAAUUUAAAACUCUACAUUGGUCUUGUUUUCAACCCUGAACAAUCAAAUCGACUAAUAGACUAUGGGCCAUCUCCUGAAGACGAAACAGCAGCAUCACAGUUUCGAAAAUUAUGGGGAAAAAAAGCAGAAGUCCGAAGAUUUAAAGAUGGUAGUAUACUAGAAUGUGUGGUUUGGGAUGUUAAAGGAAUUGAAGAACGUUGUCUCAUUGUUAGCAGGAUAGUCAAAUAUCUACUUCAUCUCCAUUAUGGAAUAAAUGAGAGCAAAGGAAUUCAAUAUUUUACAGGACAAUUGAAUGAUAUUGUCAUACCUUCAACAAACAUUCCAAAAAGUAUUUACAAUAAAAAUGGAAUUGCUAAUGGAUUUCGAGAUGUGAUGCAAGCAUUCGAUAAACUAGUUAAACAAUUUAUGGCAUUAGAGGAUGUUCCAUUGAGAUUUUCAGGCAUUCGAGCUGCAAGCUCAACAUUAAGGUAUGCUUCAAUAUUUAUACCCCAACCGCUUGCUCUCACAGCUAAGAAAAUAUCACAUUAUGUGGAUCCAAUUGAAGUUAUAAUUCAGUUUGAACAUUCUGUGAGAUGGCCUGAUGAUAUUGUGACCAUACAAAAGAUGAAAAUUGCAUUUUAUAUACGACUUGCAUCACAAUUAGAGCUCCAAUUUCCGGGAACUUGCGCUACAGUAGUAACAGACAAUAGCGAUACGAUCAUUUCAGAAGCAUAUAUGGAUAUACUCGCUGAUUCUGGAUUCGCAUUCAGAUGUAGAAUAUAUAAUGAGCGAGAAAUGACAUUAUUGGAUCGUGGUAUCAAAGAUAAGAUAUCUAGUCAACUUAAAAAAGAUACGUAUACAAAAGCCUUAGAAAGAGAGAAACGAAUGUUCGUAGAGAUUCCAAUGCAUACUUUACAAAUUCAGACCCUCUGUAACAAGUGGCCAAGUUUGUCAUUAACCAUCCGACUUACGAAACGAUGGUUUAGUACGCAUUUGUUAAGCGAUCAUGUCGACGAAGAGUGGAUUGAAUGCCUGUCUUCACAAGUUUAUUUAGAACCAUUGCCUUGGAAUAGACCUAGUAGUGGAUUUGUAGGGUUUCUCCGAGUUUUGAAAUUGAUAGCAUCUUGGGAUUGGAAUAAUGAAGCAAUGAUUGUUAAUUUAA